AGAAAACAUUUCACCUGUCGGGAGAAGAGACCACACACACACACACACACACACCCACACACACCCAGAGAUAAGUCUAACAAACGGUGACGUUAUGGCAGCUCGUAAACUACCUGUCCUGGCAGCUCUCUGCGCACUCCUCAUCCUCACGACCUUCAUCAGCGGCACACAGUCAGCAAGCUGUUGCCUGGGGUACACGAGGCGUCCGUUGCAAUGCAAGCAUCUGACGGGCUACACGUUCCAGACCAUCAAUGGUUCCUGUGACAUGAGCGCCGUCAUCUUCUACACCCCAUCAAGAUUUAUAUGUGCUGACCCCUCCAAGGAUGCGACUAUAAAGGCCAUGAAGUGUGUGAAUGACCAGAAGAGGUGGGCUCAAAACUAAAUGAAAGAAAUCUGCUGGCUUCUCUCUGGAAGAUGAAGUUUUUCUUUUACUCCAGUUUAAAAAAAAACACAACUCUUCGACACCUUCACCUUAUUCACAGCAUCUGAAACGCCCCCCCCCCCCAUUUAUUCACUCACCUCCAUUGCCAAUGGUGAAAAAAGAGAAUAGAGGGCCAGGUAGUUUGUUAUCGAUUCAUAACCUCUGGCCCUGUAACGUGUAUCUGUUUUGUAAACAGAAAGUUUUCUUAAUACACGCUAACUGGUGUUUUAAUAUCACAUGUGAAAAUGUUUUAAGGGUGUACCACAAAGUGUUUUUAGCUGAUAUUUACUUUCCUUGCAAUAUUUGGCUUCGUUCCCCAGUGUUGUGACCUGUGGGCGAUGCUAUCAAAAAGUGAUAAAACAAUUUUUGUUUUUCAGACGUCCCCCUUAAUCGAUAAGAAUGUUAUUAUACAGUAUCUUGUCUUUCCACAUCUUUUUAAUGUAAACUGUGAUAUUGAAUCAUCAAGACUGCAAAGUAAUGCUUCACAAUAACUUAUUUCACUGUACAAUGAAUUGUUUUUAUUUAUGACUGAGGCCAAACAAGACUGGGUCAAAAUGGCUGGACCGUGUAUGUUCAAUGUUCUAGAUUCUGGCCAGUUUGUUACAGGGAUGGUCGGUCGUAGUGUCUAUAAUAUGAAUAUCUGAAUAUUAAAUGUUGA